AUGGAUGACAAAGAACGGAUGUGUUUGCUUAAUGCAUAUAUCGCGGAAUUCCACCCUCGAGAGGACCUGGAUGCGCGAAUUGAGCUCUUGAUUUCACCCUCGUACCCGAAACCACCGCAUUCUCAGCUACCUAGUGGGCUCGAUUUCGAUAGCCCAUCUGCGAUUUUUGCUCUGUUUCUUGGCGAGGAUACUUGGGAAUCUCUCAGCCACGAGAACCCUGAGAGCGAGAACCCUGAGAGCGAGAACCCUGAGAGCGAGAACCCUGAGAGCGAGAACCCUGAGAGCGAGAACCCUGAGAGCGAGAACCCUGAGAGCGAGAACCCUGAGAGCGAGAACCCUGAGAGCGAGAACCCUGAGAGCGAGAACCCUGAGAGCGAGAACCCUGAGAGCGAGAACCCUGAGAGUAAAAUUCCUAGGAGAGCCCCUGAGACUGCAAGCACUUGGGAUCCAAGCACUUGGCAUACAAGCGCUGGGACUUGGACUGCAAGCCCUGUGACUACAAGCCCUGUGACUACAAGCCCUGUGACUUCACCUAGCGAUCUCCGCUACUGGAGGGAUACCACAGCAGCAGAAAUGAAGGUCUUUGUGGGUCUUCUGAUAUAUAUGGGUGUCUGCCCUAUGCCACUUGUGUGCGACUACUUCGAAGAUGAAGAGCAAUGGAAACCCGUUGUAACCUAUGGAUGCCGCUACCAUAUGCGCCUAACGCGCUUUGAGCAGAUCAAGCGCCUUCUGCACAUCCAUCAUCCACCAAGUAGCUCGCAUCAACCCCAGCCAGGGUAUAGGAACCGGUUCUCGUUGGGUUUCCCCUUCCUCAAUGCUGCUAUUGCUGAUGCAUGGCGCAUUCACUGUAACGCCAAAAAGCAGCAGGGUGAUCUUAAACAUAAGCUUACCCAAGCCAAGUUCCGCGAGAACCUUGCCAAGGAGCUUUGCCAAUCUGGAAAAGAGGCUGCACGGCCAAACCAGCAGAUCGAGAUAAGCGAUAUUCUUGUGCUUGGUGUCAAUUCAACAGAGUGA